UUUGAGGCUCGGAAGGAGGAAACCAUGAAAAUGGUUGGCUUCAUCCGGACAGAGACAGUCCCACAUCUCUUCUUCAAACCGCGAACCGACAACAAGGAGAGUGAAGCCCGCAAAGCAGCCACGAAGGAGAAACUUCUGGUCCCUUUGUCUGUUCGCAUGCGAUAUGAUAUGAGAGUAUCUGUGCUUGUGCCAUGA